GAGGCUAAUAACAUUGAGUCAAGGCUGGCCGGUUUUUGUAUUUAUAUUGUCAUCGGCUGUACCGCAGUUACUAUCUACAUUGAACACAGGGAGCACGAUUGAUUAAACAUGGCUUUAGCUCUUUACUACACUGCUGGGUCAGCCCCAUGCCGCCUGGUUCUGCUAGUAGCUGCAGCCCUCAACAUUCAGCUGGAUUUGAAUCCCGUCAACUUGAGAGCGGGAGAGCAAUUUAAGCCGGACUUUUUGAAGCUUAAUCCUCAACACACGGUACCCACACUCGUCGACGGUGACUUCUCACUUUGGGAGUCCCGUGCCAUCAGCAGAUACUUGGUAUCCAAAUAUGGCGAUGAGAACAAUAGUCUGUACCCAAGUGAUCCACAAGCCAGGGCUGUCGUCGAUCAGAGAUUGGACUUCGACUUGGGCACGCUGUAUCCAAGAUUUGGACAGUAUUUCUAUCCUCAAAUCUUCGCCGGAGCAAAAGCUGACGAUGCUCUUUUGAAGAAGCUGGAAGAAGCUUUAGUGUUUCUGAACACAUUCCUAGAAGGCAACAAGUACGCUGUUGGGGAUAAAUUGACUUUGGCUGACCUCAGCCUUGUUGCCACGGUGUCAACGAUUGACGCCACUGGCAUCGUCAGCUUGGAGAAAUAUCCUAACGUUCAGAAGUGGUUCGAACUGGUGAAAUCAACAGCACCAGGGUAUGAGAAAGCCAACCAGGCUGGUAUCGACGAAUUUAAAGUUCUUCUAGCCUCAUUCAAAGCUAAAACAGAGUUGUAAGUUCCUCAAUAAUAUUAAGUAAACUUUGCAUUUUUAUAAAUGUAACAUUUGUAAUAAGUUAUAAUUUUACCGCUGGCUUUUAUACACUAACUAGGGACAUUUUACCUAGUUUCAGCAUCGAUUUAUUUAUUUUUAAGAGCCUACGAAUAUUUCACUCAAACCAACUGAAACUGUUAUACUUAAUACUCAGACUUAAUACUAAUGUAUUACUUUACUCAAAUUAUAAGACUUAAAUCAUGUUUUAAACUUUUAUUUGUGCCUUACAACCUAAACUUAAAUAAAUCAGAAUGUAAAACGGUGUACUUGAAAAACAACAUUUUGUGAAUGUGACAGCGUUUGUGCUGUGUAGAGAAAUAGGAGAGCUCCAUUCAUUUAUCCAAAAAUCCAUGGCAAGAAUGUAUAAUGGAAGCCAAAGUAGAGUGCAAUAUAUUUUUUUUAGUUUGAAUUAUUUUUUCUGAGUCAACGAAGGCCCAAUAAGGGCCCAGUUUAAGUUUUUCUAAUUGAGCACUUAUUGCACCUUCGUCCAUUAACGUCAUCUGCAUAAAGGAAUGGAGAAACUUGUGUAAACUCCAGUUACUUCUUCAUCAUGCUGUUGACGAGACCCUUGAAAGCAUCCAGACCUUUCUCGUUAGCCUCCAAGUAGCCAGGUGCUGAGGUCUUCACUGUUUCAUACCACCUGGAAAAGUAAAAAC